GCCCUGGGAUAAAGCCGCGGGAGGUGCGGGAUGUCCAGCGCUCGCUCCAGGCCCCCGGGAGCAGCCGGUGCCAGCCCGCGGGGGGCCGUGGGAGCUCGGGGGGGCUCUGCCAUCCGAGCUAACGCCGUGCCCCCUCCCCAGCUGCGGCCCCUGGCCCUGCUGGCCCUGGCGGAUUUCCUGGGCGCCGCUGCCCUGCUGGGCACGGCCACGCUGCAGCUGCUGCCGGCCCCGCUCUCCGUGCCCGCCUACGCCGCCUGUCCCUACGGGCGGAUGCUGGUCACGACCUUCUACUCGGUCUCGUUCCUCAUGGUCGUUGUCUACGCCUACGAGUCCUAUCGCACCGUCCUUGGCGGCAGAGCCCGGCCCGCGGCAGCGCUGCAGGAGCGGAGCCGGUGCCUGGAGAGCGCAUGGCAGGGAAUUCCCUACAUCCUGGCCUGGCUGGUGCCGGCGCUGACGCUCCUGGGGCAGCUCCUCGCCCGCGGCACCCCCGGCACCGACAUCGCGCCCGUGGUGCCCUGGAAAGGGAACGGCUCCCACGGCACCUUCGGGCUGUACUGCUCCAGCUGCCUGCUGCUCAUCCACCCUGCCCAGGACAUUUGCUACCAGUACCUCGGUGAGAACGACGCGGGGCUGGCGGGGAAAAUCAUCUUCCUCCUGUACCUGCUGCUGGUUCUCGGCUGCUGCACGCUCCUGUACCGCCGGGUGAGGCUCCGCUGCCGCGGGACGGUCGCGGUGCCUUUGCUGCCCCUGGAGAGGGACGCGGGCUUUGGGGGCGGGAGCGGCCGCAGCGUCAGCAAAGCCUCCCGCUGCUUCCAGCUGGUUUUCCUGCUCUGCUGGACACCAGCCUUCCUCCUCACCCUCCUCUCCUUCACCAGCAUCAAACCCGCCUCGGUCCUUGUCCUCUACGUUGCUGCAGCCCUGAGCGUGUCCCUGCAGGGCUUCCUGCACAGUUUGGUCUAUGGCUGGAUGAGGGAGAACUUCCGUCGGGAGGUGCUGGGCAGGAGCCCCCCCCUGCAGCCCCCCCGGGGCCUCCAGGCUUUCUAUGACGAGUCCCUGGGGGCUGUUCCCUGAGCUCCCACCUCCAGUCCCUGGGGGCUGUUCCCUGAGCUCCCACCUCCAGUCCCUGGGGGCUGUUCCCUGAGCUCCCACCUCCAGUCCCUGGGGGCUGUUCCCUGAGCUCCCCCCGGAGCCAAGGCAGGAUCUGCACGUUGUUGGCUGCUCAUGGAAUCACGGAGAGGUUUGGGUUGGAAGAGACCUUAAAGCCCAUCCAGUGCCACCCCUGCCACGGGCAGGGACACUUCCCAUAGCUCCCUGUCCGGGCAGGAUCUCCCCGCCGGACUUGGCCCCUCGUGCCUGGAAAGGUUUGAGGACACAGGAGGUGCUGGGCAGGUUCCAACAGGGAAAUGAAUGUCCUGUUUAUUCCUGUUAAAGCCUGUGACUGACUAUCAGCCUAUUUUGUGAUCCUGCAUCCCCUGCUUCCCUCCACCCCAUGGACUAAGUGGGACGUGGAGCUGUUAAACAGGGAUUUAAUCUAGGCUGCAGAGUUUAUAGGGCAUUUUUUAUUCUACACAGUGGCUCAGAUAACCCAGGAUUUGGGAACGAGGCAGGGCUGAAAACCUGGUGGGAGGUGAAGGGGGCAGAGAGAAAAAUGGACAGUGUGGAGGAAAGGGAAAAGGAUGAUCCUGCAGUGAGACUAUUUACAGUGGCCUGCAGGGACAGGCCAAGGGGGAAUGGCUUCCCAGUGCCAGAGGGCAGGGAUAGAUGGGAGACUGGGAAGGAAUUGCUG